CUCAUCACCUCUGCAUUCAUUCGGAUCUUAAGCACGAGAUCACAGAUAAGCCUUCUUUUCUAACAAAACUCUUCGGAUCCACAUCUUUCACUCAUAAGAGACAAAAUGGCCGUCACUUGCUUCACCCAGGAGUUUACAACUAGGAAUGCUCCGUCGAGGAUGUUCAAGGCACUGAUUCUUGACUCUCACAACCUCAUCCCCAAAAUCACCCCUCAGGGUAUCAAGAGCAUCGAGUUUGUUGAGGGAGAUGGCGGCGCUGGAAGCAUCAAGCAGACCAACUUUGCUGAUGGUGGCCAUUUAAAGUGGUUGAAGCACAGGAUCGAUGCCAUUGACGCUGAAAGGCUCGUGUGCAAGUACACUUUAAUUGAGAGCGACAUUGUAUUUGACAAGAUCGAGUCGGUGGUGUAUGAGGUGAAGUUCGAAGCUUCAGGUGAUGGUGGGUGUGUGUGCAAGAUGACGAGCGAGUACCAUGUAAAGGCAGGUGCAGAGCUGAAGGAGGAGGACAUCAAGCAGGGCAAGGACAAGGCGAUGGGGCUCUACAAAGUUGUUGAGGAAUACCUUCUCGCCAACCCCGAAAUCUAUGCCUAAAUGAGCACUUCUUUAUAGUCUCCUCCGCUUGAGUCCAUAUUGUGGUGUAUGGCUUUUCUGUCUUUUUUCCUUCUUUUUUUUUUUUUUUUCUAGUUUUUACCCCGUGGAUCUUCCUGAGAUUUGUGACUUAUCAAAGAAUGAAAUGGGUCAAUGAGUCAACAACAUAAAGAGUAUCGUGAUUCAUGCGAUCCCCAACCAGAAAUGUUAUUUACUCGACUAUACUGUGAAUUGCAAAACAUACUGCAAAAA